AUGGAUCCAGAUUUUGACCGAUUUGAGAAGAAAGUGGACGAAAUAGAGAGGCUCGUCAAGGGCCUGUGCUCCAAAGACGAAGACGAAGCUGCCAAAGCUGAACGUGAAGCGGAUUCGUACCUCGAGGGCUCGGAGACCGACGAAGAGGCGGACGAAGACACUGACGAAGAGGACGACAUAAAAGUGAAGAAGAAGUUUGACAAAACGGUCAUCAACAAGCAACCCAGCAGUUAUGACGACACUUCGCAAACUCAGUCUCCAGGUAUUUGCCCCAAAGAAUCUCUAUUGCAGCCCUCGCUGCUC